AUGGAAGAAGCAUCAAAACAACGUAAAGCACGUUUGGAAGCCUUCCGCAAAAGAAAAGCUGAAGCCAUAAGUAAUACCGAUGAAGAAAGUGAAUCAAAUGAGAAUAGAUUUUAUUCCUCUCCCUCUGUUCUACCUCCACUGAUCAACGGAAGAACACUCCGUUUUCGUAAUUAUACACCCUUAAAUGAAGAUAUAAGAGCAAAUUCGGUAGUCAAAAUAGCAAAACCAGAAGACAUUGGGGACGAUACUGUGGAGAAGACUGCUGAGCAAAUAAUAAAGAAAAUUGAAGUUGAAGAGGAAACUACGAAGGAGGAUGUGGAUUUAUUCAAUCUUGCUCCGAAAAACCCAAAUUGGGACUUAAGGCGUGAUGUUGAGAACAGGCUAAAAAGGCUUGAGCGUAGAACUCAAGCUAGUAUUGCUCAGUUAAUACGAAUGCGUCUGCAAGGUGAGUCAGGGUCAAGCACUGAUCUAGCUGAUGCUGUGAGAGCUACUGAAAAGGGGGCCGAAUCUGAAAAUGAAUCGGAUUAA